AUGAGCUCAAGCGGCCAUAGCGAUACUGCGAAUGCUGAGCCUGCGGGUCUCAAGUAUCCUCCUCGUUUCCUGUCUUCGCUCCCCAUCUUGCUCCCACGGCCGGCACCGUUUGCCCCGAUCCGCGCGCUCACCGCCGCCCAGUUUGCAGAGAUUCAUACACUCUAUUCUCUCGCAGAUGAAGAUCUCCUAGGAGAUUCAACGCUGUUCCCGUUUCUCCACGGCAUCGAGGGCAACAAUUUGUCCCAGAAUACAUUCUUUGCCAAUGCCUCACGGGGUCUACUCCCCGCAUAUGCCCAGCACCCGUUGCUCCCACCCGUGAAUCCAACGCCAAAGGUCCCCGAGUACCGAGGCCUCAUCUGGGUGCGCGCAGACGAUCUCGACGGUCCUGGACACGCGAGUCCCGGCCUGGUCGUUGGGCGCGACGACUUUGAGAUGCACGACAGUUCCCAUUUCGACGAAGACGAGGACGAACAACUGAGCGACAAUAGCCAGCAAACGAGUGAACACGCGCACGAGGCCACUGCGAGCAACCCGCCGGCUGCGGGGUCCAUUGCCAUUGCAAUCCCCGGACGUUCUGCACGCUCCGCCUCGACGUCUACGACUUCUUAUUCGUCUUCAGAGGUCCCAAUCUCGCCCAGUACAGCUCCGACGUCACUCCCAACGUCGCCCUCGUCCGCCCACUGUGGCUCGACUCCCUUCUCCUCGAUGUAUUCCAACCUGCUCACCUCUACGCUCAGGGCGGAGGAUCUGCUGACCACUUGCGCGGACGGCCCGUGUUUCGUUCCUCCGCGCGUGCCUGAUGGUAUCUCGCUACGCAACUUUGGCAUCCAAGUCCCCAUCUAUGCCACUCUUUCCGAUGUGGUCAUCUACUCACCCAGAGGCAUGACCAGAGCCAGCUUCGCACUCGCAGAGCGAUUCAAGCAUGCCAUCGAGGCAAAGGCGCGCGAACGUGAACGUUACGGAAAGGGUGAUAUUGUCCAUUACAAUGUCUUUGUGAUCACUGAUCCCUUCUCCGAAUUCGAGAACAAGUUCCCACACCUCGUCGCUUGGGAUUCGAUAGGUCGACCGAUCCAAUACGUCGAUUUCGCCGCUCGCGAACGUGAAGAGAUAUGCAAUCUCACGCAGGCCACCGAGGUUUGCGAUGGACUAUGGUUGGGUAAUUCAAACGAUGUCCCAUCCUAUCAGAAUGGCCUGCUCGGAAACGAUCCCUUUACAGGCGCAACGCAGAACAACCCUCAAGGGUUUGAUAUCUGCAUCGAGUGCUGCGAUGGCACCCACUUCCCGACCUCUCGAGAACUCGAGUCUGUAGAAAACCAUCUGAGACUUUUGGAUGAGCUCUGGGUCUCGAGAUGGCAGCAAGAUACGCCCGCGGAUGGCAAACCGGACGAGCCACCCGUUCGUCCACCACCGAGUGCCAAUCACAUCCUCCACCUCGCCUUUCCCUCUUCUCCGAUCGUGAACCAGCACACAGUCAGCCAGCUUAUCGCAUUCAUCGCCUUUUUACAAGGUCUCUUGUACCCAGAGGCACCCCAAAAUUCGUCUCCGACAUCUGCAUCGGGCUCCAACUUUUUCACAUCACCAGGACUAUCCAAUAGUAACAGUAACUCUGGAAGCUUUCCCCAAGCUCUUCCUCUAAUUCGGUUUCGUUCCCUCAUCACCGUCGCGACGAGAGCGCCGGCUCCAACAAAGACGUCUAUACUCGCCUUGUGCCUGCUCAUGGCGCGUAAGCCAUCUCACUUCACCCCUAUGCAAUCCUCGAUGCUUUCCGCGUUUGUAGAUCCGACUUCGGUCCAUCCGGAUCCCGAGGGUACGCAUCAUUCUCUCCACAGAACGCACUCAGCCACCGUCACAAAGACGUACUUGUCGGGCGGCGGCAGCUCGGCAGGCAUGUCGCUCCCCGAGGCGUAUCUAGAAUUGCAGAUUGCGCGAGGUCGCUCGUUUUACGUAUAUCCGACCGACCUUGAUCUCCUGAAACGAGCAGAAGCACGGUUGUAUGUGCCUUCUCGCAACGCUCCAAAGGAGCGGGGCCGUGAUCGAGAGGUGACGAACAAUAGGAAUAUGACGAUUGAUGGGGCUGGGGGCGCCGAUAAUGCCAAUCAGUCGACGAAUGGAUUCAGCCGAUGGAAAUGGUCGACGUGGGGUUCUCGUGCAAGCUUCAGCAUCCCUGCUCCACCACCAGAAGAAGACGAGGCGCCAGCUUCAUCAUCCAAUACGGCCGCAAUGGUCCUCUCGAGUUCGACGCCAAACUCUGCACUCGUGAUGAACAACUCGUCGGGUGCACUUGGAUCCCGUGGUGUGAGCAAUGGAACACCGAAGCGGCGGGCCAGAGCAUCGACAUCGCCCAUGCCUCAGGUGUGGGCCGAUCACUGGGCAUGGUUCAGUGACCCACGGUUCGACGGUUCAUUCCCGUCUCGAGUGCUUCCGUUCCUCUACCUCGGUAAUCUGGCACACGCUUCGAAUGCGUACAUGCUUCAUGCAUUGGGAAUCACCCAUGUCGUUUCCGUGGGAGAAUGUGCGCUCGUACCGCCGCAGGGAAACACCUCGCAGGCGGCGGAGUACCGGUUCUCGUACGGUGGCAAAGUACUUGGUGCUGGACCGGGCUCGCUUUGGAUAGAAGAGCGCGAGGGACGAAUCAAGGGCGUAUCCGACGAUGGUAUUGAUAGCUUGCGGCCGCGAUUCAGAGAGGUUUGCGACUGGAUUGAUGCGGCUCGACAAGAGGGUGGCAAGGUGCUUGUCCAUUGUCGUGUUGGUGUGUCCAGGAGCGCGACGGUCACAAUUGCGUAUGUGAUGAAGCAUAUGGGAAUGUCGCUGGUCGAUGCCUACUUGCUCGUUCGUUCUCGUCGCCUGAGUGUAUUGAUCCAGCCAAAUCUCCGACUAUUGUACAACCUGAGCUCGUGGGAGGCCGAAAUCGCUCGUGAACGGUUUGCGUCAGAAGGAGAGCAAGCGCUGCAUGCAUACUUGUCUCGACGUCUGUCGUGGCCGUACCUGGCGCGCGAGGUCCACUUGCUCAACGAGAAGUACAUCCAAUAA